AUGAAUUCUGCUAACGAUGCCAUUUUUUAUGGCGACAAGAACUCAGUGCACUACAAUGAUCUAAACGAAAGUGCUCCAGACAGGUGUCUGAAAAAUGGAGGCAUGCAAAACGAUUAUAUAAUGAGCAAUGAUGUGACGAGUGAGGGAGUCGAUAUCGCAGUGGAUCCGGGGGAAAAUGGAGCUGGCAAUGCAGCAUACCUACAUACACCUCUCCACCAGCACUUGCCACCACACCAGGGAGAGAGAAAAAAGAAACAGCACGGAAAAACAGAAAGAGACAAAUAUGACCGAAUUGAAGAAAUCGAAAAAUACCUCAACAUUAACAACGCCACGAAUGUUUGUUCUCUGAGAAUUAAAUUAUGGGAAGCACUAAUGCUGUAUGUAAAUAAUGUAAACGCAGAGCUGAUUUACUUCAUAAUAAAUUGCCUCAUGGAAGUGGAAGUCUAUUGGGGGGAAGAAGCAACCAACAAUUUACAAGAUAUUUUAAGCCUAAUAAAUGAUAAAAAAUAUAAAGAAGUCUCCAAUAAAAUAGGAGAAACUUUAUCCAUUUCCUCUAGGAGAGAUGAAAACAGCAAUAACUACAACUCCGACUUGGCAUGCGAACUGAACAAAAUUCUGCAGUAUGAGCAUAACAGACUGUCCAACCAAAAUAAUAACAAAAAAUUGGAAUACAAAAUUAUCGAGGUCAGCAACGCGAAGGAGGCUCUCCUAGCCUGCUUAAUAAACUCCCAAAUUUUGUCAGUUGUGCUGGUGGACAAUUUAGCCAUUGAUGAGGAUUACAAAAAGGAAAAAUUUGAGUUUUACAAUUUCAGUGAGGAGAACACCGUGAAUAACAAGUGUGGGGCAGUGCCUCCUUAUGUGCUGAAGUGCGGCAUGGUGAGCGGCGGCAUGGUGAGCGGAGGCAUGGUGAGCGGAGGCAUGGUGAACUGCGGUAUGGUGAACGGAGGCGGCCAGAUGAAGCCCCCCUUCACACACAGCGUGCAUAACGGGUCGUCCUCCAACAGCAGGGAUGCCAUGCGGAACAUGAUUCUGUCGAACUAUCAUGGCUGCAACGGUAACAAUGGGAGCGUUUGCAAUAAUUACUGCGGCGGGAAUGGGCACUGUGGAAACGCCCACUGUGGAAACGCCCACUGUGGAAGUGCCCACUGUGGAAGCGCCCACUGCGGAAGCGCCCACUGCGGAAGCGCCCACUGCGCGAACAACCCCAACAGCAGCGGCAGCACCGUGCUGAAUGAGCACAAGAAGGGAGCCAACUUGCUUAUGAAGGACUACAAGUUCGAUAUAGGGAACUUCGUCCUGGGGUACGAACAACUCGUGGCUGCGCCCUUGGAAAAGAUGAAGAAGGGAUUUAACAGCCUAGUGAUCCUGAUUAAGAGCAUCGCGUAUAUUAGAAGCUCUGUUGACAUUUUUUGCGUGUGCACGUCCAUCACACUGGAUAAGCUACAAUCUGUGAAUAAUAAAAUAAUUCGGAUUUUCACCACACAUGAUGACCACAGUGAUUUGCACGAAUCCAUUCUGGAUGGAGUAAAAAAGAAGAUAAAGACUCCCUUUUUUAACGCCUUGAAAGCGUAUGCCGAGAGACCCAUUGGGGUGUUUCACGCGCUAGCCAUUAGCAAAGGGAACAGUGUGAGAAGAAGUAGAUGGAUACAGUCUCUCCUUGAUUUUUAUGGUGUAAAUUUAUUUAAAGCAGAAUCUAGUGCCACAUGUGGAGGGCUAGAUUCUCUGCUAGACCCACAUGGGUCAUUAAAAGAAGCACAGAUAAUGGCUGCACGGGCAUACGGGAGUAAGUACUGUUUUUUCGUCACAAAUGGAACAUCCAGUUCGAAUAAAAUAGUGAUGCAGGCAUUGGUGAAGCCGGGAGAUAUUAUCCUAGUGGAUAGAGCUUGCCACAAAUCGCAUCAUUAUGGAUUUGUUCUAAGUCAAGCCUUACCAUGCUACUUAGAUCCUUACCCGGUGUCGAGAUACGGAAUAUACGGUGCAGUACCGAUAUAUGUAAUUAAGAAGACCCUUCUAGAAUAUAGAAAUAGUAACAAACUACACCUGGUUAAAUUGAUAAUUCUAACCAACUGCACCUUUGACGGAAUUGUAUACAACGUGAAAAGGGUCAUAGAGGAAUGCCUAGCCAUCAAGCCCGAUUUAAUUUUCCUGUUUGACGAAGCAUGGUUUGCUUACGCAUGUUUUCAUCCCAUACUGAAGUUCAGGACGGCUAUGACCGUUGCAGAUAAAAUGAGGAACCAAGACCAGAAGAAAAUUUACAACAAGGUGCAUAAGAAGCUGCUGAGGAAAUUUGGGAAUGUAAAGAGCUUAAACGAGGUAGCAGCGGAGAAGCUUCUAAAAACGAGGUUGUAUCCGAACCCAGCUGAAUACAAAGUGAGGGUAUAUGCCACGCAGUCUAUUCAUAAAUCGUUGACGUCUCUUAGACAAGGCAGUGUCAUUCUGAUCAGCGAUGAUAAUUUCGAGUCACAUGCCUACACCCCAUUUAAGGAAGCAUACUAUACCCAUAUGUCGACAUCGCCCAAUUAUCAAAUAUUGGCCACGUUAGAUGCUGGGAGGGCUCAAAUGGAAUUAGAAGGAUAUGGGCUAGUAGAGAAACAAGUAGAAGCAGCUUUUCUCAUUAGAAAGGAACUAAGUGAGGAUCCUAUGAUUUCUCGAUAUUUCCGAACUCUCAAUGCUGAGGAUUUAAUACCUGAUAGUUUGAGACAGUGUCAUAAUUUGUAUAUGAAGCGGAAGAAGAAGUUUAUUACCAAGGAGAGCUAUUCCACUGAUUCGAAAGGGAGUGUUAAUGGGACGUAUUCGUACGUGUCGAACAAUCAAGGUAAGGGAAGCACUACUACAAAGGAGCAUCGUUCCAGAGUUCUGCGCAGGGUGAGGAGAGGUGGAAGCGUUACAAAAUAUGAGCAGCCAAUACAGAGUAGCAACAUAUCAUCUCACGAAUGCGUAAAUGACACAAAUGGGUGCACUAAUCAUGUAGUGCGCAAUUCGCUCAUGUUGGGAGAUUUCACAAAUAACAAUAGCGCAGCGGAGGGGGGCCUAAACGAAUUUAGUAAUAAUGACCCCCAUGGGGGUGUAAAAAUGAGCAGGCGAAGAAGCCGUAGAGAUGAGCGAAACGGAAAGGAAGGAGGAACCUCUGGGACGAUGGAUGACAGCAAUAACGGAAGCAUGAUUCUGAACAGCGAAAAUGAAAAUCUCAGCUUUGUACAAGAUAGACAUAAUAAAAAUUAUAGCAGUUCCUCCUACUCAACCGGCAUGAAAAAUUUCUUGGAAUAUUUCGAAUGCUCCUGGUUGAGCGAAGACGAAUUUGUGUUGGACCCCACAAGGAUUACUCUCUUUACGGGAUACUCAGGAAUUGAUGGAGAUACCUUUAAGGUGAAAUGGCUCAUGGAUAAAUACGGCAUACAGAUAAAUAAAACUUCUAUCAAUAGUGUCCUAUUCCAAACGAAUAUCGGAACGACCGGUUCAUCGUGCCUAUUUUUGAGAAGCUGUUUGUCACUAAUAUCGCAAGAGCUAGACCAGAAGAAAAGUCUCUUUAACGAGAGAGACCUAAACCAAUUUAAUGACAGUGUCUACAAUUUAGUUUCCAAUUAUAUCGACUUGUCCGAGUUUAGUGAAUUCCAUCCUCUCUUCAAAAAAAGGUAUUCAGACUCGAGAGUAUUCAAUAGGGAAGGAGAUUUGAGAAUGGCUUUCUACUUAGCGUAUGAGGAGGAUUACGUAGAAUAUAUUUUAAUGGCUGACUUGAAAGAACGAGUAAGACAAAAUGAGUUAAUCGUGUCUGCUAGUUUCAUCAUUCCAUACCCUCCUGGAUUCCCUGUGUUAGUACCAGGACAGUUGGUAAGUCAAGAAAUCGUGGACUACCUCUCAGGUCUUAGUGUUAAAGAAAUACAUGGUUAUGAUGAGAGCAUAGGGUUCAGAUGCUUCUACAAUUUUAUUUUAGAAUAUUUUUACAAUCUAGUCACUUCGGACCCGUAUGGCUACUACCACAAGAUGGAUAAGGGGACCUAUGAAAGACUGAAGUAUGCUAAUUUGAGCAAACGGAGGAGUAUGGAGAGCUCUUACCACCUGUACAUAUACGAUAAUGAAACGAACAAGAUGAAGAAGAUGCAUGUGUGUAAUGGGAGCUUCUCGAUUGACAAUAAUACUGCCAUUAGUGAUACUUACGAGGAUGUUGUGCAGGUGCACAACCUGAGGAGCGACCACGGAAGGGGUAACCACCACCACCACGCUGGUGCGUAUGACAGUGUGAACAACAAUUCGAUGUCUACCAUUCCAACCCUGCCUCGGGCAGUGGCGGAAGGCGCGGUGAAAGGCCCGACUGGAAGCGCAAAGGGUGGAAGCGCGAAAGGGGAAAGCGCAAAGGGUGGAAGCGUAAAUUGUGGAAGCGUAAAUUGUGGAAGCGUAAAUUGUGGAAACGAGCGCGGUGUUGUCCGAGCGACGGAUGGCACCUCCAACAGCGCAGGUGUUAGCAGCUGCGCUAGAAGGGGAAGCAGAGAGGAGGGGUUCCGAAAUGUAAGCGAAAUGAACAAUGAGCAAGUCAGUUUCAACGCCGCGGUUGGUAGUUUGUCCGAGAGCAACUUGGGCAAGUCUCGCGCAAAAGAAUCAUCCCACGUGAGGGAAUCGUUCAACGCGAGGGAAUCGACCCGUGCUGACCAAAGACAGACGAACAUCUACUACCACCUCUCAAACGAUAUGAUGAAGUACAACCAGAAUAGCUCCCUCGUUAGUAAGAUAAAAGAAAAUGUGUUAAUUGUUCAGGGUAGGAAAGUCUACGCCAGUUGCGAUGUCGGCAGGAGCUCGGCCAAUUACCGCUAUCGGGAUGACCCAUCCCCAUCAGUGCCCAAGCACAGGAAGGGGAAGAAGUGUAGAGGAUGUAAAUCCUGCGGUGGAGGGAGGAGCAGCCAGGCGGAGCUUGUCAUGCGAAGGGGCCGAACGGAUUGCAUUCCCCAUAAGAGAGAAGACACCAAUGAAUUUGCGAGUGAAGGUAGCAACGAGGUUGAUAUCCACGGGGUGAGAAGGCAACUCCCAAGCAGAGCUUCGAAUGGUAGAGUUACGAAGAAGGGGAAAAAAAAGAAUGCCGCCAAAAGGGCAUCGGUCCGGGAUAUAACCGAUGGGGAGAGUGAGGAAAAUAAUGCGGAAGAGAUUGCGGAAGAGAUUGCCGAAGAGAAUGCGGAGGAGGAUGAGGAAGCGAAUGCGGAUGAUAAUACUAACAGCGAUGGCGACACGACUGUGCCGGAGGAGGACGGUGAGAGCACCUCGGAUGCGAAGGAAAGAAGGCACGGAGGUAAAGCGCAAAACGUAGAAGGAACAAACGGUGGAAGUUACAACGCGAGGAAGAAGGGCAGUAGAAGGGGCAAGGGGAGAAAACAAAAAGGCAACCGUAACCGAAAUUGCAAUCGGAACAGUACCCUCCACACUGAUGACAGCAGCAACGUACAGAGUGACAUCACUGUGAGCACAUUCAACCAGGCGAAUUCCAUGUCGGAAAUGAACUGCGUGAAGAAGGAGACAAAAAAUGAUAGAAGUGAAGACGACGGGUAUAAGGAACAUGGGGGGGGUGGCCUCAUUCGAAAAAUCAGGCAGUCGAACCCUGUUAUGUGCAACCAAUUAGGGAAAAGUGGGUUAAACAUGCAAAUGCAGAGGAAGCCAGGACCUGGUGUAAGUCACAGGAACAGCCCCCUGAGUUGUGCGGACAGUAAGGACUAUUCGUACUGCUCCGGUUUGAGGAAAAAGGGGAAUAAACUGAAAGGCGCGGGGGGUAGCAGUAAAAGGGAGGAUAAUAAUGCUGGAGUUACGAGCGGAAGUACCAGUCGUUCUAGCGGGCAAGGCAGCGGUAUGGUCUUGUCGGAGAAUUACCAAUCAAGCGAGAGCCUAAACAAAAGGGGAACCCGCAGCCACACCAGCGGAAAGAGUUCCAAUGGGCUCAGCGGGAGUGAAAAGACCAACCAGAAUGCUACUAGGUGUGGGGGGAGAAAUGCGAAAAAAAAUGACGAAGAGGUGCACAAAGUGAAGGAAAUGAACAGUCCAAACGAGAUGGAGAGGAAUGGCUCAAAUGAAGAAGCCCCUUUAAAGAGAGAAAUUUUUAUUAGUGAGGAAGACAUAGACAAGGUAAGCGUGGACGACCAAACUGGUAGUGACAACUGCUCGAAGAACAGAUUAGCUUCAGAGAUUCACCUGCCACGUAGCAGCGACAUCAUUAGUGGCGGUGACGACGUCAGUGGCAGUGCCAGGAGAGCAGGAAGCCGAGUUGGUUCCCGUAUACACGUGAAUGGAAAUGAUGCAAAUAAUGGAAUCCCAAACACACAGGGAAAGAAUGAAGUAGCCUUUUGUGGAAAUGAGUUUCACUAUGAUGAAGAUGAGCUGAAAAUAAAUUCUGCAGCUAGAGAAAACAACGAACUGGAGAAGAACUGCAUGAGGAAGUUAAACUCGCUUAACAAUAAUAGCUACAUAAAUAAUUUGAUAACACAUGUGGAUGAUGACACGUUUAUCCAUAAGGAGAGUAAUUUCUUCCUGGAGUGUGCCCUGACCAAUUCCGAAAUGAACGGCAGUUCCUUCGAAAUGGAAAUGUCCCUGAAUAAUGUAUAUUCUAAUGGUGGCGAGGGGGGUAGGCACCCCGGGAACUACGACGGAGGAAAGAAGAGUGACUUUGAGUAG